AAGCUCCCACGGCGAUUGUCGACACUGACACCGCGGACACGGGUGCUGUUAAACGACCGAAAAUCAGUGGGCCAGGCAAAGACGAUGAGAAGUCUGUGGAGGCAUCCAGUGACGUCAUACCAAUGGAAGACGUCAUCUCUGGAGGGAAUGACGUCUUAACGAUGGUUGAGAAACCUUCGGAACCGGUGGUGGUUGGGACGGGUAGUGCGGAUACGGUAGGGUUUAGGGAUUACUGUUUUCUAGUUAUAUAG